GUAAAGCUACUAAAAAAGCGCUCUAGGGUUUUUCUACGCGUUACUCUGUGUGUAUAUGUAUAGAGAGUUCCAUGUGAUUGUUAUCUUUCAUAAGCUUGUGAUUGUUAUCUUUCGUAAGCUUUUCUUCUCUCAAGUUUUACUGAUUAGAAUUUGGACUUAAAUUCCUCAUUACGAAAGGUGAAUAUCUCGUCGCGCUUGCUGGAGAAUCGAACCUUAACCAAUUUCUGCUUCGGCUUUUGCACUGUUCUGGUACAGGUCCAACUUCUGUCCAUAACUAUCUUCUCUAGUAUUCGUUCAUUAAAAAGCUAGGGAAUGCUGAAAGAUGUGCUUUAGAGCUAAGGUGUCUUUCGGUAAGCUUGAAGCUCCACUCGAGCUGCCCUUGUUUAUUCUUGAUGAGAUUGGGCAUAUAACUCAUAACCCUUUCUUCCUCUUGGCUCAGAUGCCCACUAUAGCAAAUUAUUUUAGGGGUCAAGUCGUGUCAUAUCACGACCAUUGUGAAGAUGGCUAAACUCUUUAUUGUCUUUAAUUUGAUUCCUUCCUCGUAAAUACCUAUACUGCAUAGAUUGGAUUAUCUGGAGAAAGUAUCACACUACUUUCUGUAAUUUGAGAUGGAGAAGAAAGGGAGUGUGUUGAUGCAACGGUAUGAGUUAGGGAAGUUAUUAGGACAAGGAACCUUCGCCAAGGUCCACCACGCAAGGAACCUUAAAACUGGUAUGAGUGUGGCGAUUAAGAUAAUUGACAAAGAGAAGGUUUUGAAGGUUGGGUUGGUUGAUCAGAUCAAGCGGGAGAUUUCUAUAAUGGGGAUGGUUCGACACCCAAAUAUCGUGCAGCUUUAUGAAGUCAUGGCCAGCAAAACCAAAAUUUACUUUGUCAUGGAAUACGUCAGAGGCGGUGAACUCUUCAACAAGUUGUCAAAAGGAAAGCUGAAGGAGGAUGCUGCGAGGAAGCUUUUCCAACAGCUGAUCAGUGCCGUUGAUUUCUGCCACAGUAGAGGUGUUUAUCACAGGGAUUUGAAACCAGAGAACCUACUGUUGGAUGAGGAUGGAAAUCUAAAGGUUUCAGACUUUGGAUUGAGUGCCCUCUGUGAAUCUAAGCGUCAAGAUGGGUUGCUCCACACAACUUGUGGAACACCUGCCUACGUUGCUCCUGAAGUGAUCAACAGAAAAGGGUAUGAUGGAUCUAAAGCCGACAUAUGGUCUUGUGGGGUCAUCUUAUAUGUUCUAUUGGCUGGGAAUCUCCCAUUCCAUGAUUCGAAUCUGAUGGAGAUGUAUAGGAAGAUUGGCAAGGCAGAGUUUAAAUGCCCUAAUUGGUUCGCCCCUGAAGUACGCAGGCUGUUAUCAAAGAUACUGGACCCAAACCCAAAUACCAGAAUAUCCAUUCCCAAAAUCAUGGAAAGUUAUUGGUUUCGGAGAGGCUUUGACUUGAAACCCAAGAGAAUUGAAACAGAAGUGAAAGAACCUGUUGUUCUUAACACUGACGCAGUGUUUGGUCCUUCCGAGGAUAUCAGCACCGCAGCAGAGGCAAAGCAAGAACUGGCAAAGCCAAGCAACUUGAAUGCAUUUGAUAUCAUUUCAUUUUCAGCAGGCUUUGACUUGUCUGGUUUGUUCGAGGAAAGCGAUAGAAAGAAAGAAGUGCAAUUUACAUCCAGACAGACUGCGAAGACCAUCAUUUCAAAGUUAGAGGAGAUAGCGAAGCGAUUGAAGCUGAAAGUGAUGAAGAAAGACGGAGGGCUGAUGAAACUGGAAGGAGCGAAGGAAGGCAGAAAGGGCUCAUUGUCUAUGGACGCGGAGAUCUUUGAGGUCACGCCAACAUUUCAUUUGGUUGAGGUGAAAAAGACGAGUGGCGAUACGUUGGAGUAUCAGAAGCUGAUCAAAAAGCAUUUAAGGCCGGGACUGAAAGACAUUGUAUGGACUUGGAAAGGUGAGCAGCCGCAAACCCAGCAGGAACAAGAUCAACCGGAUCUGGAAGAGCCUUAUCAAUUGCUUCCAUUGGAGGCUGUCUCACCUCAGUUUCCAUAACAAAAUCAAAGUUUAUUAUCGGGUUUUUUGUAACUUGAAUUGUAAUGCCUACUCUUUAUAUCUAUUUACUUCUUCAAUGUUCUGUUUUUGGAAAUGUUACUGUUGUUGACUUGAUAUUCACUCUUAAUAAUUUGUUUUCUUUUUA